CUUAACGUUACUUGUCAAGUGAUAAAAAAAUCUCCAAAAUAACUUUAUAAACUUUUUAGCAAAUGUUAUUAGUAUUACGCGAAAUUUUAAUUAAUUGGGCUAAAACAAUACUAGUGAUAAGAAAGUAGGACAACCAUUGUUUUAUAAGAAUACAACAAUGAUUAUAAUAUUUGUUAAUGUGGUUUGUUUAAAAAGUUAGUUGGGAACACCUUGUGCAUUUAAUUGUGUUAUUAAAAUACGGAUAUAUAAUGUUUUCAACAUUAAAAAAUAAGAUUAUGGAAGAAACUGGCUCAACGAUAGCGACACAAAGGCCUUUAAAUCAUACCAACAAUAAUCGUACACGUAGUCGCUUUGCUUCCAACGCGAGUAUUAACUCAACAAAUGACGAUGCAUUGUUUGUAGGUUCAAAUUCAGAACAGUUGUCAAGCCUACGUAGUCAAUGUAACGAUUUAACUACAAAAGUUGCAGAUCUAAUGACCCAACUACAAUCAACAUCAGAAGAAAAAUCAAGAGUUGAAAAAACUAAUGAAAUUCUGUUAGAAACCGUUAAGGUAGCCCAAACCCAGAAGGACUUAUAUUGUGAUGAGCAAGAAAAAAUACAUAACUUACAGCAAUGCGAAAUAGAGAAGUUAAAAAAUUUGCUUUCAUUUAAAGAACAAGAGGCAAUGGAUCGAUUAGCAGCUUUACGUCAAUUUCAGCAACAAGUACAAGAUUUAACAACAGAACUUGAACAGUAUAAAAAAUAUGAGCCAAUCGUUGCAAAUUUACAAGAUGAACUCGAGCAACUGCGUCAUUCCUCAGAAAUUGGUAAAAACAAUAUGACUACAACGCUUGCUGCAGUUGAAGAAGAAAACCAUCAUUUAAAAAUGCGUCUUAGAAUUGUAGAGCAAUCACGUGUUGAUACACUGACCAAUCUAACGCCAGAUGAAAAGAUUAAAGCGUUAAUACAUGAAAGAAAAUUACUUGAACAGCAUUUAGAAGAAGCUCAACUGCAGCUAUCGGAUAUUAAAAGCUCUUGGAGUGGACAAAAUUUAGCAUUGGAAACACAAGUAAACCGACUAUCGAAACAAGUGGCAGAGGAAACUACUGAAAAACGUAAAGCUCUUAAAGCUUGUGAUGAUUUAAUGGAAAAAAUUAAGAAACUCGACUUCGAAAUGAUUAAAUUCAAUGAUGAGCUCGAGCAAAGAAAUAAUAAGAUCAAAUUGCUUGAAGAAGAGAUUGAUGAAUUGAAUUUGGCACUAAAUGAAUGCCGUGAUAAAAAAGAAAACGAAAUAUUAUUUGAACGUAAUAAAUCUGAAACGUUGCAAAGUGAAAUUAAUGACUUAAAAUUACGCGUUACAACCGCAGAUGAACGGUUUAGUGAAUAUACUACAAAUUCUGAGUUAAUAGCACAAACGUUACGACAACAAAAUACAGAAUUACAGGACAAAUUAAGUGAAGCCGUUAAAAACCUAGAAACCGAACGCAGUGAAAAGAGUAUUGCAUUAGAAAAUAAUGCAGAAAAUAUAAGAAAUGCUGAUGAUCUUGCAAGGCAAUUUAAAGUGAAAUCUGAUGAAACUCAUCAAUUAGAGCAGAAUGUGUUCGAUUUACAAAAUGACAUCAAAACAAAGGAUGUGGAAAUAUCUAAUUAUAAAUUAUCAAUAAAUGAAUUUGAAAAUACGAUAAGAACUAACGAGGAGAAACUAAACAAUUUUGAAGAAAUGCAAAGAGAGGUUAAUGAAAAAAAUAAGUCUAUAAAAAUUUUAAAUCAACGUCUUGCUGAUAUAAAAAAAACGGUGCAGAAAGAAUUUCGUCAUUCAAAAUCAUUUGACAUUGACAAUAAAGAAGAAAAGACUGCUGCUGAGAACGUCCAUACAAUUACCAAUACUUGUACAUGCCAUCCGAAUGCACUUUCUAAUGGUGUUAUAAUCAUGGAUGAAGUAAAUUUCAAAUAUUUAAAACAUGUGAUUGUUAAAUUUCUUACAAGCAGAGAAGUUGAAGCGAAACAUUUAAUACGUGCUGUUGCCACACUUUUAAAACUUUCUGCUGAAGAAGAAAAGCUUCUACAUGACACCAUUAAUUGGAAAAUGAGUUGGUUUGGCGUUAAACCUAAUCAUGGAAGCGGACAAAGAGCAUUCUCCAUACCGCCAAGUUAAUAUUUAAUUUGGAUAAAAAUGUCACAAUUGUGAUAGCAUUUUUUUAUUAAAAUAUGUAGAAAACAUAUACCUCCUAAAACUUUUCCUUUUUAAUUAACUUAGUUUUAAA